AGGUCUGUCUGUGAGCAUGUAAAAAUCAGCUGUGAUGCUUUGCUUACUAGGUCUGUGAACAUGCAGGUCUGUGAUGAUGUGCAGUCCCCUUCCUAAAGUAAAUUUUGGUUGGUUAUGUCGAGAGACUAGUUAUACUUUCUCAUUUAUAAGGUUAAGUGAUCAAAUUAUUCAUUUUUAUGGGAUGUGUAUAGAUUAUCUGUCAAGUAUUCAAAGAUAAACAAACCUUUUAAAAUGCUUGAGUUUCCUUUAUCGAAACUCUUAUUUACAGUUGCUUACUUAUCGUGUAUUGUUUCAUUUGUUCAUGCAUCUGAAGACGAAUCAUUUCUUGACAAUGCACAUUAUUUCAAUUACAUAGAUCUAUCUUCAAAACUUGACGAAUAUAAAAAUAGUUAUCCCAACCUGGCAAAAGUUCAUAGCAUUGGGAAAUCUCUAGGGAACCGUGAUCUUUGGGCAUUAGAAAUAAGCGAAAAUGUGAAUAAUAGAAAUUUACUGAAGCCUAUGUUCAAAUAUGUUGCCAAUAUGCAUGGUGAUGAAACAGUUGGAAGACAAAUGGUUAUAUUCCUAGCUGACUAUCUGUUGAAAAAUUUUGAUAAAAAUCAAAGAGUUCGUGAACUUGUUCAAUCUACUGAUAUUUUCUUGAUGCCAUCUAUGAAUCCAGAUGGGUUUGAAGCAGCUAAGGAGGGCGAAUGUGAUUCACCGGAGCUCAUAGGACGUGGUAAUGCUCGUGGCAUUGACUUGAACAGAGAUUUUCCAGAUCAAUUCGAUCAUGAAUCGGAAAUACGCGGCUCGGAUAAGAUGCAAAUUGAGACAAUCGCGGUUAUGAAAUGGAUUAAGGAAAAUCCUUUUGUUCUUUCGGGAAACCUGCAUGGUGGAACGAUAGUAGCAAGUUAUCCGUAUGAUGGAUGUGGAGGUAUAAAUGAGUGUACAAACGGAAGUUCAGCGCCAGAUAAUAGUGUGUUCAAAGCUCUAGCCAAAGUUUAUGCAUCGAAGCAUCCAUCAAUGACAAAGAACACGUGUCAAGAAGAUCACUUUGUCGGAGGCGUGACAAAUGGUGCACUUUGGUACGAUGUUAAAGGAGGUAUGCAGGAUUUCAACUAUCUGCAUUCGAACUGUUUCGAAAUUACAUUGGAGUUGAGCUGUUGUAAAUAUCCUAACGCAUCAACACUCCCAAAAGAGUGGCAUCUCAAUAAAGAAAGUAUGCUCUCUUUUAUGGAAGCAACCCAUUGGGGAGCUAAAGGUUUAGUCAGAGAUGCCAAGACGUUAGUUCCUCUCGAAGGAGCAGAAAUAAUAGUAGACGAGAUAAAUCAUCCAGUGUUGACAACUCAGAGAGGAGAAUACUGGCGUCUCCUAACUCCUGGAACCUACACUUUAUCCGCACGUGCACCAGGGUAUGAGCAGAGUCAGAAACACAAAGUGGUUUUGAAAAGAGCUGAUGAUAAAGUGAGGCUUGAUUUCAAUCUGAAUCCUUCAUUGCACAUAGCAAAGUUGGUGGAUGAAAGCAAGAAAGCAAUGUUUGAUGAAUACGGAUUCAUUAUACCCCAGGAAUUCAAAUACCAUAAUCAUCAGGAACUAGAAGAAAAACUGAAGGCAUUAGUUGCAGAGUACCCUCAAAUAACUCGUCUCUAUUCAAUUGGAAAGAGCGUUAAAGGCAAAGAACUGCAUGUUCUGAUAAUUUCAGACAAUCCUACGAUGCAUGAACCAGGUGAACCUGAGUUCAAAUACGUUGCCAACAUGCAUGGUGAUGAGGCGGUUGGAAGAGAAAUGCUCCUUCUUCUAGCUGAGUAUCUGUGCCAAAACUAUGGUUCAAACACUAGGGUAACUGAUAUGGUGCAGAAUACCCGAAUACAUUUACUGCCGUCACUUAAUCCAGAUGGCUAUGAAGUCUCCACUGGAGGCGAUACUUCACAUUCAAUUGGUCGCCAUAACGCCAAUAAUGUGGACCUGAACAGAGAUUUUCCCGAUCAAUACAAUGAUUUUGAACAGGGAAUCAAGCGUCAACCUGAAACGAAUGCAGUCAUAAAAUGGUUGAAGGAGUAUCCAUUUGUGUUGUCAGCUAAUUUACAUGGUGGUGCUUUGGUAGCCAACUAUCCGUAUGAUGACAAUCGAAUGAUGCGGAAAGGAACCAAUAUCAGCCCUGAUAAUAAUGUAUUCGUUUUGCUUGCUAAAACGUAUGCAAAUGCUCAUCCCAGAAUGCACAAGGGUCUAGCUAAUUGUCCAGUUAUGCCGAAAGAGAAAUUCACAGGAGGUAUUGUGAAUGGUGCUCAGUGGUAUAUUGUUAGUGGAGGAAUGCAGGACUACAAUUAUUGGGCAUCAAACUGUUUCGAAUUAACUAUAGAAAUGGGCUGUGAUAAAUUUCCUGUCUCAUCUCGUCUGCCCUCAUUCUGGAUGGAAAAUCGAGAAUCUCUACUCAUUUACAUUGAGCAGGUCCAUCGAGGAGUACAUGGAUUUGUAAAAAGCACUAGUAGUUCUGUGAUAGCCGACGCAACGAUAAUGGUUGAAGGCAUUGAUCAUACAAUAAAAACUGCUGCAGAUGGAGAUUACUGGAGAUUACUAGCACCUGGAAAUUACACCAUUUCAGCUUCAGCACCUGGGUACGACACAGAACUAGAACCCGUAGUUGUACCGGAUGAUCAUGUUGGAGUAUCCAUCAACUUCACAUUGUUGAGGAAUGAUUUUAGAUCGUGGGCUAUUGAGCAUGACUUUGGAGAGACUAAAAGCAUCGCUCCAAUGAAACAGUUUCUAACAAAGGAUCAAAUUGUAAGGAACUUGGAGAAAAUUGAUUUGUUCGAGCCUUCACUAGCAGUGUUCGAAACAACCAUUUUCGGGGCACCUUAUUUGAAAAUUUCAGAUCAGAUUUCCGCGCCAAAUGAGAAGAAACUGAACAUACUGAUACUUGGCGGUCUGUAUGAUACUGAACCAGCUGGUAGAGAGAUAGCUUAUAGGCUUGCAAUACACCUAACAUCUGGCUACCAUUCCAAAGAGCCCUUAUAUCGUAAACUGCUGAACAGAACAAUUUUCCAUAUAAUCCCUGUUCUUAGUUCUCACUUUGAUCAUUUUGAAGCUGAUCUCAACUGUCAUUCAGCUGACAGCUCAAUGAAUCCAGUUGCUAAUGCUUUUGCUACAAACGAUCUGGACAGCUCGUCAUUAGCGAAGAAACUUUUCAAUCUGAUCCAAGAUGUUGGCUUCGACUUUAUCUUCAGCAUUGAAGGUGGCGGUAUUUCUCUGAACCACCCCCAUGUGGAUGACGACCAUAUAUCUGAAAGUAUUUAUCAAAUGUUUGAUGAUGGUUUCACAAAACAACGUCCAUCUAAUGUAAGUGUAUAAAAAAUCUAAUGUAAUAAUUGAUCUAAUAUAAAAAUAUGCCUGCUUUGAAGGAACACUUCUCAGAAUGCCUUAUCCCCAUUGGAGGCGAUUUGCAAUGGUCGACUCGAU